AUGCGCGUCCUUUUGGCGACGACAUUUGCUACGCUCCUUUCCAUGGUGAUGGCCGCUGGUAGCAGCGAUGCCACUGCCGGCGAUGAUAAUCCCUACAAAGUAAUUGAGCUUGUGGAUGGUUCCAACUUUUGUACCUUUUUGCCACCCACCGAUUCCACUGACAGAAACAUUGCAUCCACUGAAUACAUGGGCAAUGCGUUUUGUACCGGCAACACCCCUAAGGCUAAAUCUGCUGGUCCAUUGGCUGAUGGCUUCAUUCUUUCUGCCCACUAUUCUCAAACCAAGGAUUUCGUCCAAGUGACAGGCCAAAUUGACCCCGCAAAGAUGAACUUGAAUGUCACAGAUGAAGGUGGUCAAUACGACAUUGCCAUGCCCAAGCAAGCAACCUGUGCCGGAUGGAAGCACUUUGUUAAUCUCAUUGAACCUUUGGGUCACACCUAUUGUGUUCGUUGUUGCCAUUCACGCGAGUUUUGUAAUCGUGGAAUAAGUUCAAAGGGCUGUAAUCAUAUUGUCGAAGGUGAUUACAGUGGUCCCUAUAAUCCUGGUGAUGAUCUUGUCCCUUCUCCUGCUGCUAGUGGUAGUGAUGCCUCUGCUUCUUCUUCUGCCUCUGGAUCAGCUCCUGUGGCCAGUGGCAGUGGUAACAGCGAUAGCUCGGUGGGUGCUGUUACGCCUUCAUCAUCCGCUAAUCCCAGCAGCAAUGGUGACAAUACCAGUGCAGCUCCUUCAUCCAACUCUGCAAGCAACAGCCCUGGUGAUAAUAACGAAGUUCUUCAAGCUCAAUCCGUCGAUGGUGACGAUAGCUCAGCUGCUGCUACCACUAUCAUCAACAAUUUGGCUGUUGUUUUCGGUGCCAGCGUUGCUGCCAUUGCCAUGUUUAUCUAA